AUGAGCGACCCACGAGUCGACAGAGCCAUUGCCUCAGGCGAUGCUCCCGCGGAAAUAGCCGACAUUCUCAACGACAGCCAAGACACGGCGGCUCUCGUUACCAUUAUGAUAUUCAGUGUCCUAGCGGUGUUCUUCGUCGUAUGUCGACUCAUUUCCCGCAAGUACAUCUUGAAGAGCUAUGGAAUCGGCCUAGAUGAUGGACUAGCUCUUGUGUCCCUGUUGGUCUUUAUUCCCUUCGUGGGACUAUGUAUAGAACUUGUCAACAUUGGUGCUGGGCGAAGUGAGCUCUUUGUGGCGUAUAUACUUGAUCGCUCUGGCAGGACAAGACUUCAGAUUAUCGAUUCCGUCGCGCACUUAAUCUACAGCACGGCGCUGGUUCUCUGCCGUAUAUCGGGACUCGCGUUCUAUUAUCGGAUUUGCUCGUUGCACAAAGAGUUUCUUAUUGCUAUCAAAGUCAUCUUUGCGACCCUAAUACUCGCAUACGUCGCGCAGAUGUGUCUCAUCAUCUUCCAUUGUCAACCGGUGACUCUGUUGUGGGCACCGCUCGACGACUACGAUGUCGAAUUCGAAAGCCACGUAUGCUUGUGGUGGUUUGAAAUAUAUUCUAUAAUUUCCAGCAUUUCCCUUGUCUGCGACCUUCUUCUAUUUGGUAUCCCAGCCGCCAUGCUGAAAGCAUUGGAACUACCGGGCAAACAAAAACUUCAGUUGGCAUGCACUCUCCUCCCAGGUGUAUUGGUUAUAGGCAUCUCUGCCGGUCGAAUUGUCUUGGUGUUUCAAUAUGGUUUUCAAUAUUAUACGGGUUUCCAGUUUGCGUUCCUCAAGCUGCUUUGCAUUGAAGUCGCUGAGAUUAGCGCCACAAUCAUUGCCCUAUCCGUACCUGGAGUCAAGCCAAUGGUAGACAAAUACAUACUGCGAAAGGGCAAAGAUUCGGCGUCUUCUGAGUGUAGUACACCCUCGGAGAACAAAUCGAAUGAGCGCCGGAUGCAAAAGUACACUGCUAGGGAGUUGGAGGACAAGCUGGCAGAGUAG